AUGCUGUGCUGUGGAGAUCGUGAAAAGGGAAGCUUCUCUGAGGAGAAAUGGGACCAUGUGAAUAUCGGUGAUUUCAAGUCCGAAUCGUGUCUGGCUGUUUUCUCGUACAUAUGGCUGUGGAUAUUCCUUAUCGUGUCGCUGGCUGUGUAUGGAGUGGAUACAUUUACUGCCGUCAAUCUCCUGGCGUUCUCUCGAUGGGCUGGUCAAAUUGAGCCUGCCAUUCCUUUCAAUGUGUCGAGAUGGAUUUUCGCCAUCUGUAUCAUCAUCUCUUUCGUUUUGCUGGUUUUUCGAUGGGCACGUGCCAUCCGUGCCAUCCGCUCCAGAAGCAUUGCACAAAGUUACUUGGACUCUCUUGCCAUGCGUGUUCAGAGUAUUCGCAUGGGGAAGAAGGGUCGUGGAUGGAGAAGGUUCCUGGUUUUCGCUGAGUUGACCAAGAGUAAGAAAGGAGCCGAGUACGUUGCUCUGUUUGCGUACUUUUCUUUUGAGUCCUGGAUGAACACCGUUUUUGCCGAUGGACCACGCCAAGUCGUCAAUGCCAUUACGCUUUAUUCGGUCAUGCAAAUGAACUUGCUACCUGGGGGAGAGAACGCGUCGAGCGAAGGCGGCUCUGGGGCCUCGCAAUUCUUCAAUAAUAUCAAGAUCAUGGCAGAAGAUAACGACCGGCAGGCUGUAGUCCUGUUCGGUAUGCUGUUCACACUUGUCAUUUGGGUAUUGUCAGUGCUGAAGCUGAUGCUCGCUGUUGUCCUUUACCUCAUCUUCUUGUUCCACCAUAUCCCUGCGGAGGACGGCACUUUGAAGACCUACUGCCGGCGAAAGAUUAACAAGCGAGUUAUGCGUGUUGUGGGUGUAAAGGUCAACAAGGCGCUUGCCAAGGGAGUUGCUCUGAAGAAUAUGGCACCCACACAACCGAACUUGGGCGCGAAUGCUAAACCAACCUUGCCAUCCUUCGGAGGCACUGAUGCGGACAAGGGUCCCAUCGUCACUACGAUCUCUCGUAGCACUACGCAAACAACACUGCCGCCGUAUACUUCGCGCCCGGGGACAGCAGCUCCUGACCAGAACCCUACCCUGCCGGAAAUCUCAUGGUCUAUGGAGAAACCACCACUGAGCCGAACUACGACACAGACAUCGGCGUAUUCGGAAUCAGCUUCAAUGAGUGGAAGUGCCGCUACGGCAUACAGUCCUCUUGACCGUGGAUCUUCACCCGCACCACCGGUGCCCCCUUUGCCUAGCAAUAUUCCCACGUCUGCGACGCGUACGAAUACACCCAUGUCAAGACCAGGCACUACCCAGCCACGGUUUACUCCUGCUCCCCCGUCAUCCAUCAACGGGUCGGCCCGGGCGACUCCAGCAGCAGGAUAUCGAUACCAAAACGAAGCUCAAAAUCCAUAUGGUGCUUACCCGCCUCAGAACUCUCGAUCUGGUACUCCCUACCGUACCUACACGCCGGCGAAUGACCCUCAUGCACGAUCAAUGACUCCUGGAGUAGCUGUUUCCGAUACGCCAUCUCCUGCUCGAACCUUCUCUCCGGCUAGCCAUAUCGACCCUUACCAAGCUGGCUACAGCGAGAGGUCUUUUACUCCAGCCACUCAAAGUGCGACGCCUAGACCACCACCAAGCGUGAGCCCAGAUGCGUACACUGCAAGGUCGUAUACUCCAUACAACCCCAGCGCAACUCCUCAGCCCCAGCAGACCGGCUAUGCCGCGUUUAACCCGACAUUGAAUUCGAAUCCAGUCGAAUCUCGCAGCCAGACCCCCAGCUCGCCUGGAUAUGCCGCCUUCAACCCAUCAAAUAUUACACCUUCGAAUGACCACGGAGGACCAGCACCCGUGCGAGCGUACUCACCCCAACCGCCAUCGCAGCCUUAUGGUCGCUUCUAG